CUUAUAAAGGCGCUUGGCGCGGUAGCCAAGACACUUCCAGGGUGUCCAGCGACUCUACAGCUCAUCUCCUUCCUCACCGGGUACAAUGGCAAAGCGUGCGGCAGUGAUCCUUGCUGGCUGUGGAGUCUAUGAUGGGACUGAGAUCCACGAGGCUUCUGCCAUCCUGGUCCACCUUAGUCGGGCUGGUGCGAAGGUCCAGAUGUUUGCCCCCAAUGCUGAUAUGAUGCAUGUAGUGAACCACUGUGAGGGAAAACCUGUGGCAGACAAGCGGAACGUGAUGGAGGAAAGUGCCCGCAUUGCUCGAGGAGAGGUCACCGACUUGGCCAAGCUAAACGUAGCUGACCAUGAUGUGCUCAUCAUUCCAGGAGGGUUUGGAGCAGCCAAGAACCUGAGCGACUGGGCCACCAAAGGGAAAGAGUACUCAGUGAAACCUCUGGUUGAGAAGGUCAUCAAGGGUUUCCACCAGGCAGGCAAGCCUAUUGCCCUGUGCUGCAUUUCUCCAGUUCUUGCUGCAAAGGCCAUCCCUGGCUGUGAGCUCACCGUAGGCCACGACUGCGAGUGUGAGAAGUGGCCAUACGCUGGCGUAGCCAAGUCCAUGGUGGAGCUGGGCAGUAAGCACGUUAAUAAGAACGUGGGAGAAGUGCAUGUGGAUAAGAAGAACAAGCUGGUGACUACCAGUGCCUUCAUGUGCAACGCCCCCAUACACGAGGUCUUUGAUGGACUGGGGGUGAUGGUCACCGAAGUUCUUAAACUGGUCUGAUUUCAUUCAUUUCAAAUGUUCAGCCUGGAGAAUCAUUACAAUGUCCUUUGCUGUGUCUAGUAUGCAAACAAUGUCUCGUUUCUUAUUGUGGUGAUAUUUAUUUGUGCUUAUGUAUUUCACUUUAAACCAUAAUCACCACUCAUCUUGGCCAUCUGCGUGUAAAUGUUUUGUGAUAAUACUGGUCAAUAAAAUAAAUGUUUAUCAUGAA